GAAAGAUCCGGUUUCUCUCGCGCUCGUGCACGAAGGUCGCUCUGCGAAGAUGCUCCUGCAGCCGAUGGCGCUCGCGCCUGCGGCCCGGUGAUAAACGUGUGCUUUUUUUUGCGGCACCGAGCGACGCCGCUGACGGGAGAUGGACACGAACAUGCAACAAGGUCGCUUACGCGUCUGAAGCGCGCGUCUCGACCUCCAAGAUUUCAAGACGGGAGGCACAAUGAGCGAGCAGGUGUCAGUAACCCCGAGCUGGCUGACCUCUGACACAAGCUGGGUCAGCAGCGGUGGUGGGAGCACAGAGAACCUGACUGUUGGAACACUUCCCCCACCUGCCGUUUUACCUCCGGAGUCUUCUGCCGAGCUGCUGGUGAACCCGUGGGAUAUUGUGCUGUGCACGUCGGGCACCCUGAUAGCCUGCGAGAAUGCCUUGGUGGUCUUGGUCAUCUGGCAGAACCCAGCUCUACGUGCUCCUAUGUUCCUGCUGAUCGGCAGCCUGGCGCUGGCUGACCUGCUAGCUGGCGUGGGUCUGGUGCUCCACUUCACCUUCGCCUACCUACUGCGCUCAGACUCGGCCCAGCUGCUCACGAUCGGCCUGGUGGUGGCCUCGUUCUCCGCUUCCGUCUUUAGCUUGCUAGCCAUUACCAUCGAUCGCUACCUGUCACUGUAUUAUGCACUCACAUACAACUCAGAGCGCACAGCUGCCUUCACCUACACCAUGCUGGUGCUGCUGUGGGGGGUGUCCCUGUGCCUCGGUCUGCUGCCCGUAACCGGGGUAAACUGCCUGAGUCAGGAGGACGCCUGCAGCGUGGUGUGGCCGCUCACAAAGAACAAUGUCGCUGUCCUGUCUGUGUCUUUUUUGCUGCUCUUUGGGCUCAUGCUGCAGCUCUACGUGCAAAUCUGCAAGAUCGUCAUGCGUCACGCACACCAGAUCGCUGUGCAGCACCACUUCCUGGCUGCCACGCCGCACUACGUCACGACCCGUAAAGGUGUCUCGACGCUCGCCAUCAUCCUUGGAACAUUUGCCGCCUGCUGGAUGCCUUUCACUGUCUACUCGCUGAUUGCUGACUACACCUACCCACCGCUGUACACAUACGCCACACUGGUUCCCGCCACCUACAACUCCAUCAUCAACCCCGUCAUCUAUGCCUUCCGCAACCAAGAGAUCCAGAAGGCACUUUGGAUGGUGUGCUGCGGCUGCAUCCCGGCCAGCGUGGCGCAACGGGCACGGACGCCCAGCGACGUCUAACGGACGCGUCUCCCUGGGUUUGCAUGCUGUUGUGAGUCAAGGGGACAUACGUGUGGCCCUUAUUUUACGUCUUCCCCUUAUUGUGAUGUAACUCCGACCACUGCCACAUGGCCUUUUCUCUACCCCCUUCACCCUGGUGCCAGCAAACUGCCACCAAAGCCCACUUUUUAAAGCAAGCAUCUG